AUGCACAGCAAACAAACGAAUGGAGUGCAUUUGCAUGUCAACGGCGUCAAUGGCACAUCGGACCUGCGCAACGGCGUCAAUGGCACAUCGGACCUGCGCAACGGCGUCAAUGGCACAUCGGACAUGCGCAACGGCGUCAAUGGCACAUCGGACAUGCGCAACGGCCACCUCAAAGCGAGCAGCUCGACAUCGCCAACCCGCGACGCAGACGUCCAGACCGAGACGUCAAUACCAGCGACCAAUGGCCACGCAAGGAUCCCCUACCACAAACGCAAAGAGUCGAAUCCGCUCGCCCCGCCCUUCAUCGUCUCUGCUCCCGGCAAGACCAUCGUCUACGGCGAACAUGCAGUGGUCCACGGCAAAGCGGCCAUAGCCGCGGCCAUCUCCCUCCGAUCCUACCUCCUCGUCACAACCCUCUCCAAGUCACACCGAACAGUCUCACUCCGAUUUACCGACAUCGGCCUCGAUCACACAUGGAAUAUCGCCGACCUGCCAUGGCGGGAGUUCGCAGCGCCUGGCAAGAAGAAGAAGUACUACGAUCUGGUGACAACCCUCGACCCCGAACUCAUUGAGCUCAUGCAACCGCACCUUGCGAGCGUCAGUCCGAACGAGCCGCCCGAGAAGAGGAAGAUACACCAAGGCGCAGCGAGUGCCUUUCUAUACCUGUUCCUACACUUGGGCAGCGAGCGAAGUUCGGCAUGUAUAUAUGCCAUGCGAUCAUGCAUACCAAUCGCGGCGGGAUUGGGGAGCAGUGCGAGUGUGAGUGUUUGUAUCGCGGCGGCGCUUUUGGUUCAGUGUAGGGCACUGUCAGGACCGCAUCCCGAUCAGCAGACGAAUGAGGCGGAAGAUCAGCUGGAGAGGAUCAACAGGUGGGCGUUCGUGGGAGAGAUGCUGAUACACGGCAACCCCAGCGGAGUGGACAACACAGUCUCGACGAAUGGACAUGCUGUGCUAUUUCAACGGAAAGACUACAACAAGCCGCCGUCGGUGACAAUACUGCGAGACUUCCCAGAGCUCCCCCUUCUUCUCGUCGACACAUGCCAGUCGAAGUCGACUGCGGCAGAAGUCGCAAAGGUUGCGAACCUCAAGUCACUCCAUCCGGCUGUGGUUGAAAGCACGUUGAACGCCAUCGAUGCGAUAACACGAUCUGUAUAUGACCGCAUCACGAGUGACGAUUUUGAUCCAGAAGGCCCGGAAGGUAUAACACAUCUCGGCGAGCUCAUGUCCAUCAACCACGGCCUUUUGACCAGCUUGGGCGUAUCGCACCCUCGACUGGAACGAUUACGAUAUCUCGUCGAUCAAUCCGGCAUUGGCUGGACGAAACUGACAGGAGCUGGAGGCGGUGGAUGUGCGAUUACUCUGCUGAAGCCAGAACCCUCGUCGAAUGCUUCACAACUGAACGGCGAAUCAGCAUACACAAAGCCUGCGGAGACAACACCGCUGCAGGAUCUUGAAGUACAACUCGAAGAAGAAGGCUUCAAGAAGUACAAAACGACGCUCGGCGGUGACGGUGUGGGGAUUCUGUAUCCUGCUGUCAUUCAUGACGAAGAGAUCGAUCAAGAUAUGUUUCUGACGGCAGCUGAUCGAGAAGCUGUCGAGGAACUGGUUGGUGACCACAAUGAUCGGGAUGCUUGGAAGUACUGGCGACCGUAG